ACCUAGUUCUAGCUAGCAUCUCUAGCUAGCUAGUGGCAAGUCUACAUGUAGUUGCUAAACAAUUCUCUAAAUCUUUUGACGGAUUCUUGCAAGUAGUAGUGCUUGCAGUCCACCCGCCCAUUGAAGAGGGAAGGCCCAGGUGUUUCUUUCCAUGUUGUGCAGUCAAGUCUGCUCACCACUGAGAGGGUGUGGCGCUGUGGUCCUAAAUACUGUACCUGGUAGCUAUUAGCUAGCUGGCUAGCUAGCUUUCGAAGAAAGUCGAAAGAGGCAAACUUUUGUACGGUACAGUACAAUGCCUGGAGGAUGGCUGAAAACAUUAUUGUCAGCUUUGUCGUUCGAGCUGCUCAGUCUCUUUUCACUCGUAUUGGCUUCAACAACUCCAAUUCCCUGGCUAGCUAGUAGUAGCUAGCUAGAGUCGAGCGGCGCGAUGAAGAACUUGUUGACCUUUCUUCUAAUGAGGUUCCCGCGAGAUGGCAACUCUUACACGUACAGUAUUACCGUUGGCCCUGUUUUAUUAAAAGCGCCAGCUACCACCAGCAAGCACAGUAGAGGUUCGAAACACUUCUCUGCAUCAGCGUUCCAUCAUUCUCAUGAGCUUGUUUGACGGCGCACCCCUUCAUCCCUUCAUCGCUUGAAACGUUGGUGCUCUUAGCGCAAAAAGACUUGGGUGUCCCACGCGGCAAGCCUGCCAACUGGGACUUCAGACGCCCGGUGCACUGGCCGAAAAAUGAGCACUCGGCAUAGGUCUUCACUCAAAACAACGGUCGUGCAGCUUGGAUCCGCGUGAGUGGCUUCUGCAACUGUUGCCAUCUAUUUUAUAGCAGCAUCUUGUCCUGUCCGCGUAGAACAUACAACAAACCCAAAGUCAUGCACCUGUACAGGAUAGCUCAUCAACACAAAGCGCACAUCCAUUAAUGGGAUUUCAUCAAACCAUUCAGACAGCUUAGCUCCGACCUGGCUGUUCUCAUUAUUCGGGUUGUCAAGUCAAGCAAACAAAAAAGCAAUGGUCGUGAUCCACUAUGAUGAAGACCUCGAUGAGUGCGAGCUCAAGCUCCGAUCCAGUGGUAGCUUGGACGAUGUUGGAGGCGUUCGUGCUCGACAGCUUAUUAUUAAGCAGCAGCAACGACAUGAUUUCGCAUCAUCCGAGUCAAAGCCAAGCUUUCAGGACAUUUCGUUUCGAAGUAUGACGUCAUUCAACUUGGAUCCUUUCCUGGAGCCUUCCCUUGACUUGUCGACAGCUUCCAACACCAAUGCUGCGCUAUUGCUUCAUCAAAUCGAGAACCUGGAAGACUGUCGAAAAUUGACGUUGGUGCGUGCUGGCACUAGAUUUCAUCACGACUCAUCGACGUCGACAUCCACAACACAGUGUUACUAUGUGAACUACUCAUUUCCAGUUGCGACCUUGAUUACCAUUCUACGAAAAGCCAAGCGCAUGGUCUGUGUAGAACUAUGUCGCCUCCGAUUGGUGGGAAAUCUAGAAGAUUUCCGUCAAUUGGCCCUGGCCCUGGAAGGUCAGGCGUAUUUGCAGGCAUUCUCACUGGAAGGAUGCCGACUCCCCAGCAGAUUGGUGGCCAGUACUCGACAAAAAGCAUUGGAACCCGUUGUCAAGGCAUUGGCAACCUGUCCUUGUAUUGUCGAUGUUACGCUGAUUGCCGACAAACCAAGGGGCCUAGGUUCCCUGUCGGCAGAGACAGUGGGAUUUCUGGGACGGUCGCCCAGUCUUCAGGUACUGCGGCUAGACAAGGUGGGGCUAGAAGAUCGACACAUUGUGGCAUUGUCAGAGGCAGUUAUGGACAACAAAAUCUUGCACACUCUACGGCUCUCUUGUAACCUAUCCUCAGAUGCGGGCUCUUUCGCCAUGGUUCAUCUAUUGCAACACAACACUACGCUGCAAAAGUUGGAUCUAUUGUUGGAAACCGUCCCACAACACGAAGCAUGGACGCUCCGGAUUGCUCGGGCGUUGCAGUCAUCUUCAUCCUUAAGACACUACAAUUUGGACUUUGACAAUACCGCUGCCAACAACAGCGGCCACCAUGACGAAUUUGUCAAGGGGGUACAAGAAGAAGUCAAAGAGUCCAAAGCGUUGGCUCGGGAGCUCGAGUUUUCAUCUGCCAGCCUAUCCAAUUGCCCUUUCAUCAGGCUGAUCAAUCGAGCCAUUGAUGCUGGGCUUUAUGUUGGAAACUUGGCCUGCCACAGUCACAUCCACCACCAGCAUCUUCGUCACCACAAGCGUUCAGAGGCUUCAGGGAGAUGACGACAACGCACCACGAAAGUAUUAUUUGUCUUGUUUACGCUUCUAUUUGAAAGAGGCAAACGUAUCACCGUACUACGAUAGUAUCGGUACUUGAGUUUGAUGGCCUUCAAGCGACAAGGCACACUGCCGCAGUCCUAACAACAGAGUGGUUGCUAGAUCGGGGAGGAAGUGUUCGUUGCGGGCUAGGCAGCAAUUGAACAUUCCUCAGACAUCUUUUGGGAGCGUGCAUCGGUAGCAUGCUAGCUACAGGGCCCCACAAUGCAGCAACUCACAGACGUUCCUACCGGUACCUGACAACGUCACACUCACACUCAUUUUCUUCAUAAGCCAUUUUCUUCAUAAACAAUUACGCUACAAGCUACAUGCAUUAGUCUCGAUUGCCUUCGUAAACUCUAUUAUACUCGCGUGUUUCGCC